CAUGCUUUAUCCUGCCAGUGUGUCCUGCACAGAACAAACUUAGUCACAGGAAACCCCUAAGCUCUCCACCAGCGCUCUAACAUACACUCUCUCUCACACACACACACACACACACACACACACACACACACUGCAGCAUGCUCACAGAAAGGAUGGCCAUGAGGAAAAUGAAUGAGAUGUGCACAAGGAUGGCUCUAACUUUAGUCUUCUAUGUUCUGCUAUUCCACAAUUGUCAGGGACAGACUGACCCAACACUGGCAGGACCUACAAUUCAAACAAAGGGGACAGAUCCAAAUGAUUUCACUAAGGUUUUGAAUGAAGAUACAUCUGUUACAAAUUCCCCAAUCUCCACAGGUAUCUCAUUUGCUUAUGCUAAUCAAGCUACUGAUCACUCUGACCCUCCAAUCAGCAAUUCUGCACUUCCAGACAACAAUGUUCAACAAACUUUUACAGAUCUAUUUUCUUCUGCGGCAACAACAUCAAACUCUGUUGUGUCCACCGCUGUGACAGAAUCACAAAGCACCACAGAAUCGGCAGAAGAAUUGGCAGAAGAAUCACACAACAGCCCUGAUAAUGAAACAUCCUACACUUUCGGAAAUAACUUACAGCAAACAAACAUGGAUUCCACUACGCAGGCGAAUGUGUUCGUGCCCGUACUGGUGACUGGGUUAAUCCUCGCUACUCUCAUGAUCGGAAUAUAUGGUUGGAAGAACCACUGUCACACAAAGAAAAGUGCCAUGAAACUAGCAGAGGAUUCCUACAUGGCCGAUGAAGAAAACCAGGGCAACACUCUGGUGUCUGUGGCUCCUCUAAACCCACCUGAGAACCAGGAGAAGCCAAGCCUGAAUGGUGAGUCCCUAGAAGUCGUGAAGACCCAGAAUCCUCCUACCUCCACUAAUGGUCACUCUACUGCCAAAGCCGACACUGAGCUGUGAGAGUCCUUCUCAACUAGACAGGCUCUGGGUCAAUGCUCACCGACCCACCCCUACAAACAACACUAGGGAACAGACAAAACAAAUAAACAUACUCCCUUUUUUCUCUCAUUAUCUCAAAACAAUUAAUACAUAAUAAGGUGUUAUUGAAUACAUUAUUGUGGUGACUAUUAUUAUUAUUAUUAUUAUUAUUAUUAUUAUUAUUAUUAUUAUUAUUAUUAUUAUUAUUAUUAUUAUUAUUAUUAUUUGGAAAUGGCUCUUAAGCUGAUGUUGACCAGGGGUGGGUUUCCCAAAAUGUUUAUAAUGCUAAAUACUAUCUUGUUCCUAGGAAUGUCCAUUAAUUAAUGAGAUCUUUCCAAAAUCCUUUAUGUGUAACAUAGUAUAUGAACUUAAUUAACAGAAAUAAUGAUGAACCUAAUCCAUUUGUUUUCAUUAUACUUAUUUAUCAUCAUACAUUACUAAGUACUUUAUUAAUUGGAGCUUGCAUGCAGUUCUACCUCAAAAAGGCAGAGGCUGCUCAUUUCUAUACAAAAAAGCCUCACAGUUUUAUGAAGUGUCUAUGAUCAAUUGCCCUAAAGUUAACAUUCUUAAUUACCAUCUGUGAUGUAAUGGGUAGCUUUGCUGACUGUGUGGGGUUACACAUUGUUCAUUAUCAAUCAGGUUAGCUACUCAAAACCAAAUGAAGCAAACUGCAUUUAAAACUGUGUUCAUGUAAAUCACUUCACAUGAAACCAACAAGUACAAGAGAUGAACAUCAAGUUCAUUUCAUUUAAUAAGGAAGUCUAUAUUCAAAACCAUGGAAUAAAAUACAGUAUAACACAGUUUCCCGAGCUCACGACAGAACCCAGGACUCUAGAUUUGAGAGGCAAUGAUGUUACCCUACUACCACACAUUAAUUUAAAUACUAGUCAGUAUAGAUAUAAUAAUGAGACUCAUACCACAUAUGUUAAAAGAUUACAUUAAACUUAGCAGCAUUUCUAAACAUCCUUGAGCAGCUACAGGGAAACCCACCCUACAAUAUCUGGUUAUAUCCCUUACCCUCCUUAAACACAAUCAAUCCAUUUAAAUAUAUCUAGUUGUUAACUUUGAAAUAAAAUAAUAGGUUGUUUGGGUAAUAAUAAACAGUUAGCAUUAAAUUUGAUAUACUGUUAAUAUUUGAUCGUAUUAUAUAAUGUCAGUCUGUUAUAAUGUGAAGGGUGUGAGUGUUGUGGUUUUCUGAGCAGAUGAAUACUGGGUGGGUGUCCUUCAAUAUGAUCGGUGUCUGGCUUCCUCAAGUGUAUACACUUAUGGAAGCCAGACUCCUGGUUCUCCUGGACAGACUGGACAGAGUUUGUAAUUUGUCCCUGUUCAUGUCCCAGUGUUCCACAGGGUCCUAACCCUCCACAUGGCUCUUUUUGGGUCAUUCAAAGAACAAAUGAUUCAAUUGACACAUGUGGGAGCUCUGCUUGUUUGUAUUUUUUUUAUGUCCAUGUAUGAAUUGUAUUUCUAAAGAUUGGGAUGUUAUGUGUGAAUUAAAAAUAUGACUGAUGCCAUAUUUCAUUGUGUUGAUAUAAGCUUGUGUGCCCAUGAUAACAGUACUGGCCAACCUUUGUUUAUAAAACAAUGUGACAAUGUGAUGACUUGCAGAGUUAAGGUAAUUGUACAGCACUUGUUCAGUGCUGGACUUCAUUAGAUAGCAAUUACCAUGAACUUCUUUUCAUCACUGCAAACCACAGCUGACACCAGACUUGAAAACCCUGUAAAACAGCUACGGCUUUUAGGUGAUUAAUGACGGUGACCUCUUCAGUGGACCAAGACACACUAUGGAAUUGUAUUUUUGUCCUAAACCAGUAUUAUGGGUUUUUUCUUUCUUUUUUUUUUUUUUGUAAUAUGUCUGGAAUUGCAUAAUUGUUUUGUGGUCUAUCCUGAAAAUUCCCUACUUCUGUUAUUUACAUGCAAUAAUUAAUUUUAAAUUGCGGAUCAGCCAAAGGUAAACACUGAACAAUGCAGAGUCCAGCAGUUGGCUAAAGGUGUACAUAGACUCCCACAGCAAUAGUUUUAGCAUGGCAGACAUGAUUAUUAGUUCUCUGUCUUAUUCUUUUCUGUCUUAUUUAAUUUAUCCUCUUUCUAUUUUUAACAAUCCUCUUUUCUGGGUCUGUGUACUACAAUUCGUAUAAACUGAAGAACUUCUUUUGUUUUAAGUUUGGAAUAUGAAUAAAGUUUUGGAAACUAAA